CAUAGCGGCUACAGUACUUUCUUUCGUCAAUCAUCCGGGGAAAGAUCUAGCGGGGCUGCGUGCUUGAAAUAGGCACCGUUCGCGCCUAAGUCUAACAUACGCCAUUGUCACUUGCUUCCGCAAACACCUCCAAGACGUGUGUCGGCGUUGACACACGCUCUCCUCCCUUACCUGUUCAUCAAAGGAAACACGGCCAUAUUGACUUACUGAGGAACAAGGCAACAUAGGCGACAGCGUUCUCAGUGAUUUUGUCCUCUCUUGGGUCUUAUCGUUUUCACUUCUGGCCGAAAAGGCUGUCCUUGCCGGUGAACACAAACGAGGCUAUUUAUCGACUUCCCCUUCGUCGCUCCGUGGAGUCCUUCCUACUUUCACGCCGACAUCAUGAGUUCAGACGACUCCGACGCUGUCUUGCUGCCGCCGUCAUCAGACUCACAAUAUGUAAAUGAACCUCCCACCGACUCAACCUCACGACCUCCGACCCUAUCUCGAACAUCUACCUAUGGCAAGAAAUGUUGGAUAUGUAUGAGUGAUGCAUCCGAAGAUGACCCAAACAAUCCCCCAGUCUGGCGUUCACCUUGCAAGUGCAGUCUGACUGCGCACGAAGCUUGCCUGUUGGAUUGGGUAGCCGAUCUGGAGAAUCCCAAGAACAGCAAGCGCAAGAAUUCUACGAUCAUCCAGUGUCCACAAUGCAAGAGUGAAAUCAAGAUUUCACGUCCGAGGAGUAUCGUUGUCGAUGGCUACCGAUCACUGGAGCGGGCUUUGGGCAGGAUGGUGUUGCCAGGCUUGGGACUGUCGGUUAUGAGUGCGACUUGGGCAGCAUUUUGGGUUCAUGGCUUUAAUUCGGUCUAUUUGGUGUUUGGUCGCGAGGAUGCUGCUGCCAUAUUUCGACGGGCUGCUCAGCACCCCGCCUGGCUGUGUCAGUACUGGAUUAUCCCACUCAACCUGAUCUUCGCCCGGACUCAUUACGCCGAUUUUGUGUUGCCCAGCGGCACAUUGUUCCUUCUCUCUACACAGAUGACUGAUGGAUUUGAAAUCGACAUGACAGUCUGGCCACCUCUACCCAGCACCGUCUUUGCAUGCUUGCCUGCAGUAAGGUCGGUAUACAAUUGGUGUUACCAUAAAGCAUUUUGUGACCUCAACAAGAAGUGGCUGGAGGAAGUUCAACCAAGACAUGAGCAGCCGCCGGAUGGUCAGGACGAAGAAGAUGCUGGAGACCAAGGACCAAUUCAAGAGGAAGGGGAAGAGCAAGUCGUACUUGAGUUCGAGGUCAACUUCAAUGCCGAGGGUCAGGACGAUGCGCCGCAGCAAGCCAACGUAGGACAACAGCCACAACAACAAAACGGCCACGUCCACCACAUUCUGGGUGAGCGCGGAGGUGAGUUGAUUGAUGGAUCAUCCUCGAUUGCAACAACCGUGCUUGGAGCACUAGUAUUCCCCGCUGUAUCAGCAGGCAUGGGCAGUCUCUUGGGUUUGGUCUUGCCCCCAUCGUGGCUCGGCCCUUCCAAUACCAUGAACGGCCGGUCAGGACUGCUUCGCACGAAAUGGGGCAGAAGUGUCGUUGGUGGAUGCUUAUUUGUGGUUCUCAAAGACGCUCUUGUGUUGUACUGUCGAUGGAAGUUGGCACAAGGUCAUCGCUUGAGGCGGAUCAUGAAUUUUGACAAGAAGACGAAGAAAUAUUCGGUCUAAAGACACCUUCACGUCGACGCAACGACCGGAGACGUUGGGAGACUUAAUUAACUGUGACGAUGGAUAGAUACCCAGUGCUAACGACGUACUCCUCCCUCAUACUAGCAGAUAGCUGCAACAAAUUUCAUAGCGGCUAGAUGAUAAAGACCCUUUUUAAUGGGCACUUUACGAUGUCUUUGACUAAGGGUUUGAAUGUGCUGAGCGACGCAGAGAAUCUUCGCUGAUGCCUUGGGAUGCGAUGAAGGGGCGCAGCUCCGGUAAAAUUUCGCCAAUUCUCCCGCUCGCCUAAGUUGCCCUGGAUUUUUU